CGUCAGGGACAGGGCUGUCCGGAGCCAUGGCCCAGCAGUGGGGCCCCCACAGGCUCACAGGUGCACGGCUGCAGGAUGCCUCUGAGGACAGCACCCAGGCCAGCAUCUUCGUUUACACCAAUACCAACACUACCAGAGGCCCCUUCGAAGGCCCCAAUUACCACAUCGCCCCACGGUGGGUGUACCACCUCACCAGUGCCUGGAUGCUCUUCGUGGUCUUGGCCUCCGUCUUCACCAAUGGGCUGGUGCUGGUGGCCACCAUGAGGUUCAAGAAGCUGCGCCACCCUUUGAACUGGAUCCUGGUGAACUUGGCAGUGGCUGACCUGGCAGAGACGGUCAUCGCCAGCACCAUCAGUGUGGUGAAUCAGAUCUAUGGCUACUUCAUCCUCGGCCACCCUCUGUGUGUCGUGGAAGGCUAUACUGUCUCCCUCUGUGGGAUCACGGGCCUCUGGUCGCUGGCCAUCAUUUCCUGGGAGAGAUGGCUGGUGGUCUGCAAACCUUUUGGCAAUGUCAGAUUUGAUGCCAAACUGGCCAUUGCGGGUAUUGCCUUCUCCUGGAUCUGGGCUGCCAUCUGGACAGCCCCUCCCAUCUUUGGUUGGAGCAGGUACUGGCCCCACGGCUUGAAGACUUCCUGUGGCCCUGACGUGUUCAGUGGCAGCUCAUACCCCGGGGUACAGUCAUACAUGAUCGUCCUCAUGACCACGUGCUGCAUCAUUCCCCUCAGCAUCAUCGUGCUCUGCUACCUCCAUGUGUGGCUGGCCAUCCGAGCGGUGGCAAAGCAGCAGAAAGAAUCUGAGUCCACCCAGAAGGCUGAGAAGGAGGUGACCCGCAUGGUGGUAGUAAUGAUCCUUGCCUACUGCCUCUGCUGGGGGCCCUACACCUUCUUUGCAUGCUUUGCUACUGCCCACCCUGGCUACGCCUUCCACCCUCUGAUGGCAGCCUUGCCAGCCUACUUUGCCAAAAGUGCCACUAUCUACAACCCCAUCAUCUAUGUCUUCAUGAACCGGCAGUUUCGGAACUGCAUCUUGCAGCUUUUUGGAAAGAAGGUGGAUGAUAGUUCUGAACUCUCUAGUGCCUCUAAAACGGAGGCCUCAUCUGUCUCUUCAGUGUCACCCGCAUGAGUCUCCAGGCAACAAAGAGUUCUGUCUCCUACAGGAAAAAAAUAACCCCCGUCCCAGCCAUCAGGGCUUUGGCCCCCACUCUUCCCCCCUUCUCCUCCACCCCUGGGAAAUAAAUGAAGUUUGUCUUUGCCUCCCCCA